AUGGGACCUCCACCUCACGAAGUGGAGGUCGCCAUCAUCGGGGCAGGGCUGGGCGGCCUGGCGCUGGCCGCAGGCCUGCACCGCCGCGGCCUGGCCGCCCACGUGUUCGAGGCAUCAUCAGAGCUGCGCAAGGAGACCAGCACCAUGGUCGGCCUGGGACCCAACGCGCUGGCGGCCCUGGGCGACUUGCACCCCGACCUGCCAGAGCAGAUCAGGCGGCGAGGGGUAGUCAACGCGAAUGCCGUGUAUUCGUACUUCCCGCCGGGCCGAGAUCCGGUCAUCAUCGAGCGGCUUGCCAGUGAAACGCGUCUGCACACCAUUCGAUGGGCUCAGGUCGUGCCGCCAGAAUUCGUACACUGCAAUCACGCGGCCACGGGGUACGACGAAAUCUGGGACGAGCAGGGGAUGGAUAACGGUACGGACGUAGACGAGUCAGCAACCGCAACAACGGCAAUGGCGUCCUCGCCAUCAGCUGUCAGGCCAGCUCACCGUGCUGUCGUACACUUCCGAGACCAACCCAGCGUAACGGCCAAGCUGGUGGUGGGAGCUGACGGAGUGUUUUCACCCAUUCGAGCUGCCAUGUACCCCAACGACCCUGGCCCGCGCUACCUGGGCCACAUGAACUGGAACUGCCUGAUCUACAACCCCGGGGGCAACACAGUGGCACACGCACACGAACCAGGUCAACUGUGUAUCGCCAACAACGGUUUGUUGGGAGCCGAGUUGAUCGACCCCUCGCUCUUCGCCAUCGUCUGUGAUGCGGGUGGCGGUUACACCUUCUGGCAGGUACGGAUGCGCUACGACGAGCCCUGCUUCACGUCCCAAUUGGCACAGCCGCCGCCAAGGGAGGCAAACGGCACAGGUGCUGCUGGUGCUGCUACUGGCGGUGCCCCCAACGGUGACAGCGAUGCAAGUGGCAGCGGUGGCGCCCGACGUGGUCGUGGCGGGCAGGGUGUUCCUGGCAGCAAGGCGCGAGUCAUUGAGCGACUCCAGUCCGCCGGUUGGCACUGGUGGUUGCCCCUGGUGGAGGCCACUCCGGAGUCGGCCAUAUUCGAGAGGGCGCUGUACGACAGGGUGCCUCUGGAGCGUUGGGCCAGUUCCGGAAGAAGGGUCGUGCUGCUGGGGGAUGCAGCGCACGCGAUGCACCCGAUGGCUGGACAGGGAGCUAGAUCGGCAUUUGAGGAUGCGCAUCAACUUACUCUCGCUCUAGAAGAGUUCUGGGCAGACGUGCCCACUGCUCUCGAGCGAUACCAGAAGACCCGGAUCUACAGGCACGGCUAA